AUGGAUCAACAAGGCCAAUCAAUCCCCGGCCCUGCCGGUAGGCGCUUGCAUAUUGCCCAUCGGAGAAGCCCCUCGGAGCUUACUCCGCUUAUGAUGGAACAAUUGGCUUUACAACAACAGAUCGAACUGCUCCAACAGCAGCAACAGCAAAUCGCUGCCACGCAUCAGCAAUACGUCAACAUGGGGCUUUUGCAACCGCAACAGCCUCUCCAACAUGUGGCUGCCUACUCACCCACCAUGCAAGCUCAAGCUAUCCCUAGCGUUACUCAUAAUAAUUUUCAGUUUCCCCAAUCUCAACAACAGCAGCCGCAGCAUGUGAGCGUACCCCUGAACCCCCAAGGUCAGCCCUCCCACCGACGUAACCAGUCUGCACUGCCAAAUGUUGGCAUGGGCCCUCCGCCUGCGCCUUCUUCAGGUGCAUCCGGUUCUUCCUAUGAUUAUAACCAGGGUCAGGGUCAGGGUCAGAGCCACGGUUCUUCUAAUCAUAAUCGUGAGAAUGGUCAGCAAUCCCGUGGUCGCGGGGCCGCUCCUCCAGGAGGUGGUCAUCAGCGUCGCCAUUCACUAGCUCUUCCUGAAGCGAGAAAAGCUGCCGAACUUGCGCAGCAAAAAAGAACGACUUCUGGAUUCCAGUUCUCGAUUCCAGGUGCCUCAGGUGCUUCGAGCACAUCGAAUCAAGGUGAAGGUUCUCCCACUGAAAAGCCUCCCCCGCCUGCCUCUUCUUCCCCCCAGCCUCCCCAGGGACUAGGCGUUCAACGAGCUGGAAAUAUUAGAUCUGGAUCCCAUACACGGAGUCAGUCCUUGGCUGUAGGCAGCGGUCGCAGUGGUGGAAUGUCGAGCGGCAGAGGUGCUGGCGGGUUCCAGUUUCCGCAAUCAAGCGAGGGAUCACCAGCGCCGGAUUCUUCUUCUCGACGCCAAAGUCAACCAUCUCAUGGUCGAUCAGGCUCAAGAAACUUCGAAAGCAACUGGAGGCAGCAGAGUAACAACCAGGGUCAAGGGCAGGACCAGCAACGAACUGCUAUGGGGAGCUUUGGCCAACAACAAGGUGGAGCAAAUUUCCAACCAGGCCAUCGCACACGUGGAUCAGUGAACCAAUCGGUCGGAUCCCUUGGUUCCUUCCAAAUAUACAGGUCAACCCCAACUCAUCCAGCUUCCCCAAGGUCAAGUUGUGAUGGCACCUCCGCAAAUGUUUGCCGCGGUCAGCUGAACAUCCAAAAUCUAGGUCUGCAAGCCGCUCCUCAGCAUGUUGCCACGCAGCUGUCUGCGCAGCAACAACAACAGCAGCAGCAGCAGCAACAGCAGCAACAGCGUAAAACGCUUUUUACCCCUUACCUUCCCCAGGCAUCAUUGCCUGCUCUACUGAACGACGGUCAACUGGUUGCCGGUAUUUUGAGGGUCAACAAGAAAAAUAGAUCCGACGCUUACGUCACUACGCCUGAUCUCGAUGCUGAUAUUUUCAUCUGCGGAAGCAAGGAUAGAAACCGUGCUCUCGAAGGUGAUCUUGUUGCUGUUGAACUACUGGACGUUGAUGAAAAAAAACGCAAGGAUAUCACCGACACCAGAAGUGGUAGCACUGCUGGGAUGGACAAGAACGCUCGACCGGACUCUAUUACAAAUGGCGAUCCUGGACAAAUCGCUCCCGACGGAAGCAUUCGACGAAGAGGCAGUCUCCGCCAACGCCCCACCCAGAAGAAAAAUGAUGACGUGGAAGUUGAAGGCCAGAGCCUUCUUCUCGUCGAGGAAGAUGAAAUCAGCGAUGAACAGAAACCACUCUACGCUGGCCACGUUGUUGCUGUGAUCGAACGUGUAGCCGGUCAGAUGUUUGCUGGUUCACUUGGCCUUCUUCGACCCUCCAGCCAGGCGACCAAGGAGAAACAGGAAGCAGAGCGACAGGCUAGGGACGGCGGUCAUUCUCGCCACCACCAUGACCGUCAACAGGAUAAGCCAAAGAUUGUUUGGUUCAAGCCUACUGACAAACGUGUUCCCUUGAUUGCAAUCCCCACCGAACAAGCUCCCCGAGACUUUGUUGAGAAGCACGCUGAAUACGCUAAUAACAUAUUUGUUGCGUGCAUUAAGCGAUGGCCCAUCACGUCACUUCAUCCAUUUGGAACACUUGUUGAACAACUUGGCGCUAUGGGCAACUUGAAGGUUGAGACGGACGCCCUGCUCAGAGACAAUAACUUUGCCUCUGAUGAAUUCUCUGAUGCUGUCUUGAAGAAUGUCGGCUUCGAAAAAUGGUCCGUAAAGGACGAAGGCGAAGCCUUGUUGGAGAACCGACGGGACUUCCGUGAUGAGACUACUUUCACUAUCGAUCCCAACGGCUACAAGGAAUUGGAUGACGCUAUCCAUGUCAAAUCGCUUCCUGAUGGGAAAGUCGAAGUUGGCAUCCAUGUGGCAGACGUCGCUCAUUUUAUCAAGAGUAACUCGCUUGUUGAUAGAGAGGCUAAGAAGCGUGUGAAUUCCGCCACCGGCUCUGUGGAAGGAGAACCGUGGAUUGGAAAAGGUGUAAUCAAAAGUUCGGGAAAACUCACCUACGAUGAAGUGGAUGCCAUCCUGAACGGAAAUUCCGACGUUGAACUUCACGGGGCUACCGCAAAUGAUAUCAAAACCUUGAGUGAUAUUGCCAGUAAGUUUAAGAAGGCAAGAUUUGGCAAUCGGUCCUCCAAUAUACCAUCUCUGCGACUCCUCUACCAGCUCGAUGAUGAGAACGUCCCUGUCGAACAGAACAUUUUCAACUCCACGCCGGCGCACGAACUCAUUGAGGAAUUAAGCCACAAAGCAAAUUCCUUUGUCGCAAAGAAACUUUUAUCUGCUAUUCCAGAUAAAGCAUUCCUUCGCCGCCAGGCACCACCAAAUGUCCGUCGGCUACAGACUUUCGUUGAUCGGAUGACGAGACUAGGAUACGAUAUCGAUCCUACUAGUAGUGGCACACUGCAGACUAGCCUGUUCAAAAUAGAAGAUGUUGAUAUUCGCAAGGGGAUGGAAACCUUGCUUCUGAAAGCUAUGCAGCGUGCGAAGUAUUAUGUUGCAGGAAAUAUGACGGAGGAUCAGCGACAGCACUAUGUUCUUAAUUUACCUGUAUACACUCACUUCACCAACCCCUCAAGACGCUAUGCAGAUAUUAUCGUCCAUCGACAACUGGAAGCAGUACUUUCCAAUUCCGAAUGUACCGAUGACGUCGAAAACCUCACUAAAACCGCUGAACAAUGCAACAACAAGAAGGAUUCUGCCCAGACUGCUCAGGAGCAGAGUGUCCACAUUGAGUCAUGUCGCAUUAUGGACAAGAAACGAAGCGAGAUCGGAGGUGACCUUAUCAGCGAGGGCAUUGUCCUCUGCGUUUACGAAUCUGCUUUCGAUGUCCUUAUCCCAGAAUAUGGCUUCGAGAAACGUGUCCAUUGUGAUCAGUUGCCGUUAAAGAAAGCAGAGUUCCGUAAAGAGGAGCGUGUUCUCGAGUUAUAUUGGGAGAAAGGCGUCCCGUCAUCUGCUUAUAUUCCAGAGGAUGAACGCCCCAAGGCCGCGCAAAAAACACGUGCUGCCAACGCUGCCGCUGCCGCUCGUGAAGCGGAAGCCGCAAGGGAGCGAGCUCGCGAGCGAGAAGAAGCUCAACGGAAACAAACAGACACCGGCACUAUUUCAACAGACGACGUUGACGCUCUUUUUGAUGACGACGAGGACGACGAAGAUGAGGACGACGAUAUCUCUGAGGCUACAGAGAUGGCUGCAGGCGUCUCCCUUAACUCUCCGGUAGAUCGAUCGACUCAAAGCAUGCCGCCAUCUCCUACGAGGAAUGGCCACUUGCAGCAAACCCCUCAUCGCACUCGUUCUGACCCAAAGAUCGCAAGCAGUACUGUUGAAACUCCUGAAGCUAAAUUGACGAAUAAAGAAAAGUAUCUCAAGCUUUUCAGACUGCGGGAGGAGGACGGUGAAUAUAUUCAGGACGUCACUGAGAUGACUCGUGUGCCAAUUAUAUUGAAAACAGAUCUGUCCAAGAGCCCACCAUGUCUCACUAUUCGCUCCGUCAACCCAUACGCUCUUUAG